GAUGCUGUUGAUGUCUAAACAGUUUUGCAAUGUACAAGUUGUGAACCUGACUUCAGAGAUUAUUAGAACAAUGAUCUUCAACAUUUUCCAUUUUUUCUUGAUUUCAUAUACUCUAUUUUGAUUUCAGAAGGCACCAGAGAAACCAAGAAGAUCAGCUGUAACAGGAAUUGUUCUUCAGAAGUUUGACAUUUUUGUUACUUUCACUCCUUUUUCUAAGAAAUACAGAUUCUCAGCAACAAAAAGUCAAUAUAGGACAGCUAAAUAGAACACAAAAAGAAAGAACUUGAACAGCAAAUAAGUAUUUGUGGAUGGAAGUGAAGGAUAGAAGUGGUUGUCAUCUACAAACUAUGGAUAUGGAAUUAACGAAGCAGCCAGAAAACAAUGAGACGUUCUGGAAAAAGGAAAAGUUGGAAUUAUUGGAAAGAUGCGAUAAUGAAAGGAAUGAAUGGGAAAAACAGUUAAAAGACAUGCAAAAGAAAAUAGAAGAGCUGUACCAGGAGGUGAAAUCGAGGAGGGAAAACAACUAUAAUAAUUGUGAGACUAUAAACGGAAAUGAGCGGUUACAUAGUUCUAUAUGGUCCUCAAGUUCUGAACCCAGCAAUCCAGCAUCUAAAAUGGUACCUGUCCAUCACAAUAACAGAGAGAGUAUGGAAGUUGAACAAAUUCUCAUGAAUGCUACAGACCAUAAUGUAAACAGUAGUACAGAAUAUAAAACAAGCAACCCACUGUUUAUUAAUGGAUUGACUAUAGAAAACUUAGAGGAAGUCAAUGGCUGCCAAGUUGUAAAAUCGCCUAAAAAUGAGAAAAAGUGCACUGGCGUCUUAAAUGGAGCUCUGAGAGAAAUUGCAAAAUUAAGUGAGGAAUUCUGCAGUUACCAGGAUGAAAUUCGGAAGAAAUCACACCAUCAGAGGAGUCCCUGGAAUACAGACGAAAUGAACCAGAAAAACCAGAUGUAUUUCUGUAGGGAGCAACAGGAGAUGCCUUACAGUUCUGGUAACACCAGCCCUCCAGAUGGACUAAACUCAAUAACAAACAAUAGUCCGCUGGUGCCCCAAAGAAGCACAUCUUUGCAAGUGACACCUACACGUAAUUUAUCUCAACAUGUGACUGAUUCAGAAAGAAAUGAGGACAACAAAUCUAAAGAGCAGAGUGGUGUAUCUUUAAAUAAAACGAAUAGCCCUUCAGUGAAAAAAUCAGAAGCUGUAUCUUACGAUAUCAAACGUGUAGGGGACAGGGAAUAUGAACAUGCUUCAACAUCUCAUUUAAGAAAAUAUAAAGACUCUGCCUGUCAUAUGACCUGUGCUUCCAGCAGCUGGCCUUGUGAUGUAACCAGAUUUGGCAAUAGUACUGACAACAGAUCCUGCAGUUACAUUCCCAUCCAAGAAAACCUCUCGUAUGCAAACACACAGUCACCAGAAAGGAAUCUAAGAAAUCUCUGCAAGUCGCCUGCUGGUCUGGAGUGCCCUGACAACUUAUUUCCAGUUCCAUUGACAGACAGUAAUUCAUCAAGACGUUCUGUGGCAACAGGAACACCAACACACAGCCCCAUAUACUCUUUCUACACUGAAACUGAUAAAGGACAGCCAGCUGAAACUUCAGCAACAAGAACUGCUGAGUUUAAAGGAGAUCUGUUUCACAAUGAUAAAUGCAGUAUGGUAGGAUAUAGAAAUAUGCUGAAUCAGACAGCAGGUGAGAAUGGUAAACAAAUGCUUAUAAAAACGGACUGCAUGAAAUGCGCUACUGAAAAUGAAUUAGUUGGACACUGUCUGCCACAUAGUAAAACCUCUGCUUUCUCUAAGUUUGUUUCACCAAGAAAGGGCAGCACAACUUCAAACCCAGGAUUCUGCAGUUCACACAUGACUGAUGAGCAUAACCAGAGGCCAGGUACAUUACUUGGUCAUCCAAUGUCAGAAGAAUCAAGGCCUCAUUUUGAAGUGGCUGAAAAACUGUCAAAACAACAUGAAAAGUCAGUGACCACUUCUGUGCAGGUUUCUUCUCAGCAGAGCAAAAUCCAGCAAAUAAAACAUAAUUCUGGAAGUGCAGCUAUCAGUUCUGAGAACAAAUUUCAGUGUACUGAAAUGCUUCAGAAGGAGCGGGAAAAAGCUAAUAAACAUUCACCACUGAUAGUAAGAAGGCAAGCCAUGGAGCCCACAGAGAACAGCAAAAUACCAGAGAAAUCACAACAUACACUUCUGUCAGCUCAGAAGAGAUUUUCCCGUCCAUCAAGACCAGUCAAUCGCCGCUUGCCAUCUCGAUGGGCAGGUAGAGUGCCUUUGGGGCAGCCUACCCAGAGCUUCUCAUUCUCAUUUCAUUCUGAGGCAACGAUAGUGUAAUCAUCACCAAAGAACUGUACCCUACAUUAAAAUCCAUAAUUCUGAAGAGAAGUAAAGAGUGGUCAGAAUGAACACUGUCACUGUAUAUGUCAAUGUCUUUGCAAUGUGCAUAUUCUGUAAGGAAUGGGCAUUUUAAAAAUUAAAUGCAUGUGUAUGUGUUUUGAAGAGAGUGCAUCAGUAUAUGAAAAUGUUUGUGUAUUAAAUAAAGAUUACAGGAAUUUUAAAAUGCACUAUUUAAUUUAGCAUUAAAUUUCUUAAAUAUACUAAUCAGACAUAGAUUACUGACUGAACUUCAGAAUUCCAGACCUUGAUUAAAGGAGAUGGAGUGCGUUCCACAAUAUAUGUAUGUAUGUAGAAAUAUAAUAAAGUUUGUCUGCUACUUUGACAUGUCUGCUGCCUUGGUAUCUUUUGGUUUAUAGUUUUUACUAUGAAUAGAUUGGAAAUUCCCAAAAUAUAAAGGAAACAAAGGCACUUUUUGCACAAAACUGCACAACAGAAUGCAGUGGCAUUGGGGUGCUGAUGCUCAUGGAAAAAAAUAAAAAAACAGUUG